GGGGUACUUUAGAGCGGAGGCUGCCCCCACUCAGGCUCACUCCCCCUCCUCUGCUCAGACCUCUCCUCUGUCCCCCCGCGCGCUCACGCACCGACACCGCUCUGAUACACAUCAUGCGUACCUGCCCGGAGCUAUUCCACCACCCGAUGUUGGACUUUACUAACGCAUCUGGCUGAUACCGACACAGACAGCAGCCUGAAAGGAUAUUCCUGCCGAGAUUUCAUUUUUUCCACCCCCUUUUCUCUUGUUUCGUUGAUCGGUGGAAGCUGAGCGCAGCGGCAAAGAGUUUAGAAGAAGAGGUCGUGCCAUGAAAGUUGACUUUUGAGUCGCAACCAAGAAGCCCAACAGCCUUUUGUAUUUGUGUCCUGUGUGAACUGGAGCCACUAUCCAACCAUGAGGAGCAGCUCUCAUGUCCUGCCUCUUGGUGUACUCACGGCUCUGCUGCUGUCUCAAGUCUGCUCUGGCAUCAAAUGGCUAUCGCUGUCACACGCUCCUGCAUCUUUACACAUCAACCAGACCCAUCACUGUAAGCUGCUGCCUGGCAUGGUGUCCUCCCAAGCUCAGCUGUGCCGCAGCAACCUGGAGCUCAUGCAGACCAUUAUCCAAGCUGCCCGCGAAGUCAAGAAAACAUGUCAGAAGACCUUCGCUGACAUGCGCUGGAACUGCUCCUCCAUUGACAUCCCCCUUGAUGCCCCGAAGUAUCGUCCAGACCUCGACCGAGGAACAAGAGAGGCUGCAUUUGUCUAUGCCCUGUCCGCAGCAACCAUCAGCCACACCAUAGCACGGGCGUGCACUUCUGGAGAUUUGCGGCUGUGCUCGUGUGGCCCCAUCCCUGCAGAGAUCCCAGAGCCUGGCUACCGCUGGGGCGGCUGUGCUGACAACCUGCACUACGGUUUGAUCAUGGGUUCCAAGUUCUCUGAUGCUCCCAUGAAGAUGAAGCGCACAGGCUCCCACGCCAACAAACUGAUGCACCUACACAACAGUGAAGUCGGGAGACAAGUGUUGAGAGAGGCCCUGGUGAUGAAGUGUAAAUGUCAUGGUGUGUCCGGCUCCUGCUCCAUACGGACCUGCUGGAGAGGGCUGCAAGACCUGAGGGAGAUCGCCAUGGACCUGAAGACCAAGUACCUGUCUGCCACCAAAGUGGUUCACCGGCCCAUGGGGACACGCAAACAGCUGGUACCCAAAGACAUUGACAUCAGGCCGGUGAGAGAGAACGAGCUGGUCUACCUGCAGAGCUCCCCGGACUUCUGUACCAAGAAUGAUAAACAGGGCUCUGUUGGCACACAAGACAGGCAGUGCAACAAAACCUCUCUUGGCAGCGACAGCUGUGACCUGAUGUGCUGCGGCCGUGGCUACAACCCGUACACAGAGAAGCUGGUGGAGCGCUGCCAUUGCAAGUACCACUGGUGCUGCUACGUAACCUGCAAGAAGUGUGAGCGGCUCGUGGAGAGAUACGUUUGCAAAUGAGUCUGUGCCGCUGCCAGCCCCACCAGCAGUCCUCUACUUGUACACAGCCCCCUGAGGCUACAAAUUAACCAAAGCACUACAAUACAGAGAAGGCUUACUUUUGUCUUUAGCAUGUGUAUCUCAAGAAUUGGUCUAUUCUUGUGUCAGUAUCAUUUUUGUAUCAAAUCUCCAAACUGCCAAAUGGGCUUCUAAGCUUUUUCGCUUCACAAAACUGGAUGUGGCGAGAGUACCGGUUUACGUGAAGACCGCCGUCCUCCUGGGUAUUUCCUUUUUCUUGUUAAUGGUUAUAAAUCCCCCUAACAGGGCUAUUGAAAGUCUAUUUUAUUAUAUCUCUAAUAAAAAGAAAUAAUAUUGGAUUUUAUGCUGGAGGAGAGGGAUUGUCUUUUCCCCUCAGUAGACAGAGACUUAUGUUUGGCUUCAUUCCACGGAAAUCGAAGGAUCCAUGUGGUACUUUUUUAGGUACUUAAAAUGUUUUUGCUGUGCAGCAAAGGACAAUAGAGGAAAAAGGAACACAAAGGGAACUUCAAGUACUUUUCAAUCACGGAACAUUUUUUGUGGUUGAUGUUUUGGACUCUCAACAUGUGUCCUGUGUGGAGCUUGCCUGCAUCCCUGUGGAUUGAGAGAGGAGCAUUAAGAACUUUGUGAAAUGGUGCAUUAUCUCCUUUAUGUUUGACACGCAGUUCAAAAUAUAUUCUAUUUUUCAGAGCAUAUGAGCUGAACUCAUGGAUUUUGUAAACCACUUUUGUGUGGAUGUACAUACUGUUAUUUUGUAUACUGAAAUAAAGAAAGAAGUAUUUAUAAAAUAA